AUGGGCAAAGACGGCCCUUCGCUUCCCCAGGGUCCGCGGUGCAGAGGAUCCCUGCAGAAUCUCAACUUUGUAAGACGCCGCAAAGAUAUUCAACUGAAAAGUCUCGAUCAUGCGCGAAACAACUUGGAUCCCAUAUACCGACAGAUCGAUGCCUACUCGAGUCUUCUUGACGACGAGGAAAGCCUUGCUCUCUACAUGGAUGAGAGAUUGUCUACCCGUGAAGUGGAGGCUCAAAUAAGGAAGACAUUCAAUCGCCAUGCUCCACUAUUGUCAGAAGCUGACAACGGAGUAUUUAAAGAGGCCAUCGGCAUUGGCUGGAUCGACGUCGCUCGGAAAGCCAAAUUAAGUCAAUUUGAGACUCGGACAGAGGGGGGGUAUCAGAUCUAUGUCCGGGAUCAACUGAUCCAAGUUUCCGAGACAGAAAUGGAAGAAAUCCUCAGUUUCCCGAUGUGGCUCGUGGAAGUCUGGCCAGGAGAUGUAGAAAAGGAGAACGAGGUGACAGCUGAAGUUAUAAGUCAUGUUGAGCAGCUGGUGGAUGCUUGCAGAAAUGAAGCGACCUCCACUCAAAGCGACACUAAGAGAGAGCUUCCAAUGCCGACGUACACUCCCACGCUGUCUGGUCUGCCACCAUCCCAACCAGAGAAGGAUGUGCAAGAUGGGGUUGGAGAUUCUCCGGGCAUUCGUCCUUCUGUUACCGUUGAUCUUACUCAAAGUUAA